AUGAGCGCCAGUGAUGACAGCGCCGGCCAAAUUGCCCAGGCAAUGGCCGACGAGACCCAACCUGAGCCCUUGAUGACCGCGACUCCAGCCAAAAGAAAGCGAUCCGCUCAAGAGGAGAACAUAGGCCUUGAAUCCAACGCCGCCGGCACUUCGCAGGAAAAGGCUUCACUUCGCGAAAAUUUGAGAGGUCUUGUUGGCCUACUGAAUAAGCACGAUGACGACCUUCAACUACUCUCCUGCCCCUUCCCCACGACCGGAACGAAGCCACGCGCGAAGCGCGCAAAAACCUCGAAUGACCAAGAAACGACCAGUGUGAAGCUACGUGUCGAGUCUGACCGCUACAAUACAUUACAAGAGUUUUUGGCCGAUAUCGAAAAGGCUUCUGCAGCCGUAAUUGAGCGCAACCAAAAUCAAGUUCAACCGAAUGGCAACAAAACCGACGGCACCCCGCUGACUGAAGUCGUGAAUCGCAUCGCAGCGUUUAAGAAACACAUGAACAGCCUAAUUGGUCAAUCUUUUGUCAACCAAGCCGAAGUCAAGGCAGAGAACUCGGAAGAUGAAGCCGGACAAUCCCCCGAGAAUCUCGCAUCUAUCCCAAGUGUUCGGGAAGACCGACAGGCACUGACAUUUUUCGGCUCCAACCCUUCCAAUCAAGGUCAUCCAAGGCAAUUAUUCUCUAGCUUGCAAAAGUCGGUGAAAUUGUCCCCGCAGUCUUCAGAAGUUGAGGAGGACAAACUCGCAGAAGUUCAGGAAAGCCUUCGUGAGGCGGCACUUCCUACAGGAGUCAUGUGCACCAAAGUCAUCCCCUCCAAUCUUGACAUCACGAAGCCGCAAAAGAGGACAUUUGGAGAUGUCUUUGUUCCUCGAGCUGGACUACCGGCCUUGCAGCCUCCGCAGCCGCGUGCUCACCGCAGCUCAUCCGCUUAUUGGAUCGACCCCUUUGAUGCAGUUUUCGAUACUCGGAACUUCCUUGGUGAUCGGAAUAGCUACAGCCUCACCCCUCUCCCUGCGGGCCACUGGCUUCAGUAUGGGGGUGUCACGUCUUCACCUUCAUACUGGGCACGCGUUGAGAAAUCUCAUGCAGAGGAGGAGAAGAGCCCGAGACACGGCGAUCCCGCGAUCUGGACGGGUGGCGAUCCUACCGUAUUCCAAGGGGUCUUUUCUUCAUUCGCACCCUCUUAUGACAGCUCCGGGGCUGUUCUUCAAGUUGAUGCUAAAGAUUUGGUGUGGUGGGGGAAGCGCGGCGCCAAGCGUCUGCGAACUAUGCUCUCCCUUGGGGAGGAAGAAAAGGAGAUGCCAACUGUCCAGCCGGGUAGCAUUGGCGAUCUCGAUGAAAGUACACUUGAAGAGAUGGUUAAACAGUUCAAUCCGGAAGACUUCGCUUAUGAUCACACUAAAGAGGGACCCAGCAAAGAGGAUCCGGAGACUCGAGAGAUCGAUGAAGUCUUGCAAGAGAUUUCCGAGCUACUGGAUACACUAAGUUCAUACCAGAGACUUCGCAAUCUCCAACCCCCUCCAUCAACUGAAGAGACCUCGGCGGCAAAUGAGACCUCUGCCUCUCUCAAGAGUACUCCUGAGACUCCUUCGGACGCUGAACAUUCCAUCUACGAAACCCUCAGGGCGGCUCUCUUUGCCAUCGUCAACAAUCUCCCGCCUUUUGCAGUGGCUAAAUUGGAUGGCAAUCAACUCGCCGAGCUUAAUAUCAGCCAGAAGAUCAUCGUUGAAAAUCCUGACUACAGCGGGACCAUGGAAAAGGACGACUAUACGCUGAGUCAAGAGCGUGCGGCAGCGAUCGCCGCUUCUACUGCUACGAAUGCGGCGGCAGUGGCAUCGAAUACCAUCAACCGAACCUCAACGCCAUCGGCAGCUCGAUCUGGGUAUCAGCAAACGCCUCAAGCCUCCUACAAUUCACGAGCUGUUCCAGCCAAUGCUCAAAUGUCACAAUCACGAGCUGGAUACCAAGCUCCCCAGCAAGUGCGGCAAGCCGUUGGGGGAGGCCCCUUCACGCCGGGUCAGCCAGCUCAUCGUGCUCCAAGUACGCCAUCUCAAAGACCUGCUUACAUGCAGCCGCAAUAUUCUCAACCCACUCCGCAAUAUAACCAAGUCAACAACACACCGCAGUUCCAGCGGGCGCCUUCGAACGGCUAUGCACAAUCUCCGCAGCCCUAUAGUCCACAGCCUGGCCAGGCUCAGGGCUACAAUGCCGCGCCACCAUCGCGAACCCCUUAUGCUAAUGCAGGCGUCCCUCAGCCGUAUCAAUCCACAAAUCGGGCUCAGCCCCCUGCCCCGAACUCGGCGGCAGCGGCCAUUUAUGCUCGCAAUGCUGCUGAGAAGCAUCAAGCUGCCAAAGCCCAACUGGCCGCUCAACUUGCCGCUCAGUCAAGACAGAGUCCCUCGACGCCCCAGCCGCAUAACCUCGAGGCUCGCGCUUCUCAGGAAGGUAGCCUCACCCCAGGCAAGCAGAAUGGCACCCCAGUUUCCCAGCAACAAACAAGCUAA